UCUGUCCCGGGCACGGGCGGUCCUCGGGUGUCGCAAGGCGCCUCGCCACGGCGGUGGGAGCGCUGAGGGCGCGGGGCCAGCUCGCCGCCCCGCUUUUUGCUGCGUGCGGGACGCUAACGGCUCCCGAGGGGGUGGUGCAGGGGUGCCCCUCCCGGAGGCUGACGGUACGCACCCUCUCCCCAGGGGGACCCCGUCUUGAUCCGGCCCCUCCGAGGCCACGGAGCGGCGGUGACGGGCGUCGCCUUCCACGCGGACGCCGCGGGACUGGCUACCUCCUCUUUGGAUAGGUUUCUUAUGGUGUGGAGGCUGAAGGCACAAUGCAGAGCUUACAGAUUUGUAGGCCAUGCAGAAGCAGUGACCAGCGUACAGUACUCGCUGGAUGGGCAGCUACUUGCUUCAGCUUCUCGGGAUCAUACUGUCAGACUAUGGAUUCCUUGCAUUCAUGGAGAAUCGUCAGUACUGAAAGGUCAUACAGCGUCUGUUCGUAGUGUGAGCUUCUCUCAGGAUGGCCACUUUCUAGUUUCAGCAUCCAAUGAUAAAUCAAUAAAAAUAUGGAGUGUUCGCCAUCCACGCCUUUUGUUUUCCCUAUUCCAACACACUCACUGGGUUUGCUGUGCCAAAUUUUCACCUGAUGGAAGACUAAUAGCAUCUUGCAGUGAGGAUAAAUCUGUUAAGAUCUGGGAUACAAGAAAUAAAAUUUGUAUUGAGAGCCUCUUGGAUUAUGAAGGAUUUGCGAAUUUUGUGGAUUUCAACCCAAGUGGUACGUGUAUAGCUUCUGCUGGUUCCAAUCAUGCAGUGAGACUGUGGGAUAUACGAAUGAACAAGCUACUGCAGCAUUACAAAGUUCACAGAGCAGGAGUUAACUGUGUAUCAUUCCAUCCUUCUGGUAACUAUCUCAUCACUGCUUCUGAUGAUGGUACGCUUAAGAUUUUGGACGUGUUGGAAGGAAGGCUUAUUUACACUCUUCAUGGACACAAGGGACCUGUACUUUCUGUGGCUUUUUCAAAAAAAGGUGAAAAGUUUGCCUCAGGUGGAGCAGAUGCUCAGGUAUUACUAUGGAAAACCAACUUUGAUUCUUGGGAUUAUAAAGAAGUUCUUAAACAUCAUAUUAGAAGAACAAAUCUUGAUGAUCCUCCUCAUCUUCUUGAUAUUUACCCAAGGUCACCUCAUCUCCAUGGUGAAAAAAUUCAGUCAGUUGAGGUCAACCCUACCUUUGUGAGUAAUACACAAGCACUUGACCCGCCUGUCAUCGAAAUUAGUUCCUCUUCAUCUUUCAGUACUCCGGAUUAUGUCAGCAAUGAAGAUGUGCAGAAUCCCCCUGAUUCAGUCUUGGCAACAAGUUCAAAAAGGAAGUCAGAGAAUGAGAGUGAAUCAGCUGUGCCUAACGUGGGCAAGCAAACAGGCAUCUCCCCCUCCCUGGGUAACACUUUGGAGCACAUUGUGGAGCAGCUGGAUGUUUUAACUCUACUCUGUCCGCUGUUCUGCUGUCCUUCAUGUCACCCUGGAACUGAGGCAGCACUCCACUGACUGGCUGGUCUUUAUCACCAUAUUUUCCAAAUGCUCAGCACCAAUAACACUGCAACGAAUUUUCAGGAGCAGGCUGCCACCAGCUAUGGUAAUUACAGUGAAGGCCAAAUUCUCAACAGCACCUGGAAUAUUGCCCCAAAUCUGGUUCCAGGCGUGGAUACGCACAGUGCUUUCCUGCAGGAAUCACAGCCCAGAGUUUGGGAGUCACCUAAUUCUGUGCCCCACAGAGGAGUCCCAGCUGGGAGGUGUGUGGUCAGGAUGAAGGUGGGAGGUAGGUGCCUUUCACACAUGGUAAUGAUGGUUUGUGACCCAUGGGGUGCAACAGAAGGACAGAAAAAAAAGAGAGUCCAGCUAUUACAAAAGAAUAGUUAUGAACAGGAGGAAUCCAUAAAUACAUUAUGCAUUUUAUGUUAACAAAAUCAUGUGACUGGCCCAAUGCAUACGGGGUUUGAUGUGAAAUAGCCACCUAAGUUUUGGCACAUUAUAGCUAAACAUACUGUAGCAGGUCUUUAAACCUCGGGCCCCUAAAUUGCUUUUAAUGGAUCUCCAAAAAGUACCAAAGGAAACCAAGAUUUAGAUGCUAAGAUCUUAAAUUUCCAUCUAUAUUACUACUGAAAGAUGCUUAGAGCUGCACAAAUUCAAAACAGUUGGGAAAAAAAAAAAUCACUGAAACAGAAUUAUAAUCAACCUUAAAAUAGUAGUUUUCAAGACAGUAAUGAAUAAAGUCAGUUGUAGAAGUAGGUUUCUUGAACUUCUGCCUCACCAAAGGCAAAGCCAAGGGUAAAAUAACGAAAUCACUGAAUGCAGGAUUAGGGUUAUCUAAGGGCCUCUGUCCCUUCUAAUUGACCCUUGAAAGCUAUCCUACCUAUUUUGGGAGCAGAGUAAAUGAAGGCAGCUCACCAGUUUUUAGACUAAUCCAAACAAAUGUUAAACAGACGAAAAAGAAACCCCAAGGGAGCAAACAAAGAAAAAGUCCCUGAGCCAAAAUCAAACAAGCAACCAAAGACCCCUGCCAGUCCUUCGAGGCAGGCAAGGUUGCUCCUGACUGACAGGCAGGUGAAGCUGCUCCAGGUCAGGUGUGAUGCAGAAAGCCAUGACAACACGGUGAUGGACCACUCUGGCAUGUGCAGCUCGGUUUGAGUACAAGUCCUUACUCCUCAGCUGUAUUUCAGUGCUUGGCUAGCAUGGCCCGGGCUGCCAUCCCCCAGCUGUACAGGAACUGUGCUCGCAGUGUACCUGAACGCUUGCCCAGCACCCCAACACAUGCACAGGCAGUUGCUCGAGCCCUGCUCUGCCAAGGUCAGUGGGAAUUUCUGUCACUGAGUUUGGUGCAGGCAGGAUUUCCCCCCAUGGACACACACACCUCCUCCCGGAUGCAUGUGCAUGUGAGUGUGUAUAUACAUAAGCUUCACAGUACAAAGUACUUACAGGAAGGCAUCUUCUCUCUUUAAACUUUUUACUUCAACUUCACGUUGUGUGAAGUCAGACCCUAACUGUCACAGCCGCAGUUUCUCACAGCUUAAUGGCGUUACAAACCCUUCUUGCUCCGGACUGCUGCAAUAACAAUCAGGCUGGGAGGAAGGGGAAAUGAGCAGUGUAGCACACGCUGUACCUUCCAGCCACCAGCUAUUGUUAAGAGCAUGCUGCUCCAGACAGAGUGGCAGCGAGGCACAGGGUGGGAAGCAGGUGUAACCUGCCAGGAACACCAGUCUAGCAACAGUUGACUUAAUUGAAACAAGUACCCCUACUUCUGAGCUGCCUCUUGCCACCAAGCUGAAAGAGGUUUUACAUUCCUGUUGCUCAACACUUGAAAGUUUAACAAGUGCCUUUAUGGCAAACCAAGAGGUCAUUUUCUCAUGUCGGCACUUUGGUCAUUCAUCCUCAGAGUCACCAACCAUAACAUAGCAUUUCACCUGCUACAGUCUGCUCUAGGAGGCAUGCUUCCAGAUGCUUUGCUAUGGUUUGGGUUCUUUACAGAACUGCAAUCUCUCCUCCUUGCUUGUCCUGCUUGUCCAGCUUGUUUUUCUCCCAUUCUCUUCAGAAAGUCCCACUAGCAAAGGCUGCCCAGGCCCAAUGGAGUACUUUGCUCAAGCCAGUUCUACACAGGCACAACUGGCCAGGUUUGGACUACUGCUGAGUGGUUCAAGCCCAGUUCAAUUACCUCACCCCCUAAAUUCAAUUGCAGUGUGGUGCUGGAGAACUAGUCUGCACCUGCUGAGCACCUGUGCUGCUCUGGGACACCCUCUAGGAUGGUUUAUAAACAUCAGUGUGAUGGUCCUUGCCAAUGUGCUUGAAGCCAGUGGCUCACGUUCAAACCCCUUCUUUGCCUUAGUGUGAGUUACUGUCCUGCACUGCAGUAUGAAAGCCUAUUUGUGAUCAGGUUUAGUUCACUGUGCUCGUCAUCUGCAGCCUUUGUUAAUACCUUGUUUUCAGAUACCUACCUCUGUUUGCUGAGCACUCACACACCACACAAUGCAAUAUAAAUGAGCGUGUUCUGCCCUGCUGCCACACCAUAAACAAGCGUGAUCAAAGAACAUCACAUCUGUGCCCAGUGCUGUCCAUUAGGACAUUACCUCUGCUCCUUUUCCUCCACUGAGGCCUGGAAAUGAAGCACUGCCUCAUAUACACCCCACUCAUGAAAUGCCUUCCCUGGCUAGCUGUUCCCUGUCCAGGAUUAUCCAUCACCUUGAAUUACCUUGCUUGGCAGGGUAAUCACUAGACCCCCAGCAUUUUCUGUCCCUUACUAAGCAUCUUCUCUACUUGUGCGUUAUGUUUCUUUUCUUAGAGUUAUUGGUGCUAUUUUACCACAGGAUCAUUUUUGGGUAAGAGAAUUCAACCCUGUCUUCUCCUCCCCUCAUGCAGCCGCUUUCAACUCCAGUUGGACUCUGCUUGGUUUUCUUCAGGAGUUAGCUCCCAGCUUCCUCAGCUGCCCUUGCAUCACAUCCAAACAGGGUGACGCUGCCCUGUUCCUGGUAGCUUGGUUUAUUUGGGUGAUGCUGGAAAAAAAAAAUGGAAAAACCCCCUCAAAAGUAGAGUUUCCCCCAAGGAAAGUUCUCUUCUUUAAAUAGUCCAUUUGCAUUUGGGAGGAAAAAUACAAUUUUAAUCUCAUUAACAUACGAUUCCCCAGUCAUCUGCACUUCUGAGCUCUGUAGCUAUUUUAUCUUUGUUCCUAAUACAUGUGAUUUAACUUGGAGCUAUGACGUAUAGAUUAAGACUAAGAAAAGGAGUGGAAACUCUGUCUCCAGUUCAGCUUUAUUUCACUCAGCAGCAACACUGGACAACAACAACUUACAAGCAGUUUUGGACUGAACAAAAUACAUUUGUCCCUGCACUCCAGUGGAGACAUCUGUCUGUGCCCUGAGAGCUGCUGUUGUCUCCUCAUAUAUCACUUCCUACUUGUGGCAUCACUGCAUCUAGUCAACAGUAGCUCGCAGUAUGCACUGCCAAGAAACUUUGCAAAAGUUCUGAAUUUCACACCAGGAAAGGCCAUAAGAUGCAUUUUGUAUGUCAAAUGCCUCAGAAACUGUUUCUGUGCUAUUGUAAACCAAAAUACAUGAGGAUACAGUUCUAUGUCAUUUGUUGUGUUUCUUUUUGCUGUGUUGUUUUUGAGUACUGCUAUAAUGUACCCUAAUAGAUCAUUUCACAUUUU